GGCUAUAUUUAGCCCUGCCCUGCCUGGCACAGUUUGUAACUGGCCAGCACAGCUCCACCUCCUCUCUGCUUUCCUUUCCCUCCCUUCUCUUUCCCAGCCCGGACACCGCUUCACACCCAGCCGCCCCACAGCCCCUGCCCAAGCCCCCCUGAUGCCAGCAGGUCCCAGCUGUGCCCUCUGCCGCCCUGGUCCUGCUCCAGCCCUCGGAGCCGGCAGCCGCAAGCAUGGGGCCCGCUGAGGAGCUGGUCCGGAUCGCCAAGAAGCUGGAGAAGAUGGUGGCCAGGAAGAGCACGGAAGGGGCCCUGGACCUGCUCAAGUCCCUCACGGGCUACACCAUGACCAUCCAGCUGCUCCAGGCCACGCGCAUCGGGGUGGCUGUGAACUCGGUGCGGAAGCACUGCGAGGAUGAGGAGGUGGUGGCCUCGGCCAAAAUCCUCAUCAGGAACUGGAAGCGGCUGCUGGAGCCCUCUGCCACCCCGAGGAAGGAGAAGGAUGUGGAUGGGAAGAAGGAGAGGGACACGGAUGGGGAGAAGGUGCUGGAUCUGCACAGCUGCCCCAGUGAAGGGGUGAAGCACCCCAAGAACCCAUCUGAGAAGCACAAGGAGAAGCACAAGGAGAGGAAGCUCAGCAAGUCCAGCACCCCCCGGGGCCACCCUGCAGACGCCAUCCCAGAGAGGGAGCCCAGCAGUGGCUGCACUGUGCCCUCAAAGUCCUCUCCAGAUGGCAAGAAAGAGAGGAGAGACUCUGCUGACUCGAGGUCCUCCAGCACCUCAGCUGCUUCCUCCCCACGGAAGAGACCCUCAGGGGACAGGAGAGCCUCUCUGAGCACCAGUCCCUCACCAGCUUCCUCUGGCUCCAGGAGGAACUCCAGUGACAGCAAGGAGGACAGAGCCAAUGGCAGUAAGGCCAAGCCGGAGGCACCACAGACCCCCACCAGCCCCAGCUUCUCUCCUGGCCCCUGCCUCCUGGCCCCCUGCUACCUGACAGGGGACUCGGUGAGGGACAAAUGCAUCGAGAUGCUGGCAGCUGCCCUGCGUGUGGAUGAUGACUACAAGGAGUUUGGUGUCAACUGCGAGCAGAUGGCAUCAGAGAUUGAAGAUCAUAUCUUCCAGGAGCUGAAGAGCACAGACAUGAAGUAUCGCAACCGCGUGCGGAGCAGGAUCAGCAACCUGAAGGACCCCAAGAACCCCAGCCUGAGGAGGGGGGUCCUGUGCGGGGCCACCCAGCCCAGCCUCAUCGCCCGCAUGACCGCCGAGGAGAUGGCCAGCGAUGAGCUGAAGAGGCUGCGGAGUGCCAUGACCCAGGAGGCCAUCCGGGAGCACCAGAUGGCCAAGACCGGCGGCACCGUCACCGACCUCUUCCAGUGCGGCAAGUGCCGCAAGAAGAACUGCACCUACAACCAGGUGCAGACACGCAGUGCGGAUGAGCCCAUGACCACCUUCGUGCUGUGCAAUGAGUGUGGCAACCGCUGGAAGUUCUGCUGAUGGUGCCCAGCAGUGGGGCUGGAGGGAACGUGGGGCAAGAGAAGAAGCUGUGAUGGCCACCAUGGGUGGGGAGAGAGGGUGAUGGAGCAGCACUGGUCCCUGCACCCCAGGUCCCUGCACCCCAGGUCCCUGCACCCCAGGUCCCUGUCUCCUUGCACUGGGCUCCCUCGAACACCCCAGAGCUGGGCUCUGGUGAGAGCUGGCUUUGCUGGAGGAGACCCUGGUGAAGUCAAGUAGCUCCUCCCUGUGAGGACCUGCCCUUGGCUUGGGGUGCACUGGGAGCCCACUGGGAAUGGACCUGAGUAGCUUGCCCUUC